AUGUGGUUGACGUGCCCCGCGCGCAUCCAAACAAUUUCAUUGGCGCAUAAAGGCGCUGUCAUUUGUCGGCGCAAUAUGGCGUGCUUGCGGGUGAGGCGCACUGUAGCUAUGCCCGCCAUUGCAGUAAACGCCGUGGAUGUUUCAUUCACUUCACGGCGCGGCUGCUCGAGUUCCCUGCGGAGUCCCGAGACAUCCGCCAAACUCCUGGAGCUAAUGGAGGCCUUUGCGGAGGCACGUGAACUUAUUAUUGAGGCGAAGGAGAGCGUUGGGACCGUGUAUGUUGCAGAGGACCUGCAAGAUGCCAAAGAGCAGACGGAGAAAACAUUGACUCUGUGGAAGGAUAUUCAGGCCGACCUCGAAUUGUCAGGGGAUACGGAUGCGCUGAGGCGUUUAAAAAGAGAGCACGAUAUUAAAAUGUCACAACUUCGUGCUGAAUUGGAGGACGUAGAGCAUUCUUCCAGUGACGACUGA